AUGCGUCCAUCCGCUUGCGAUCGAUGCCACACGGUCAGAUCCCGCUGUCUUGCAGGGCUCGGGGAGACAUGCUAUCGCUGCUAUCGUUUGCACUACACAUGCACCUACUCGCGGCGACGCCAGCGACCAGGGCGAAAGCCACGGGUUGCCCCGGUCGCGGCAUCAGCGUCGGCGAACGACUGCGAAGGCAUCUCUCCCACUUCAGAUACCUCAUUAGAUUUCACUUUUGAAGCAACAAAUGAACGUGAGAAUGGCGAGCUGACCACGACAAGUGCGCCAAAAAUAGAGCUUCUGAGCUUGCUACGCUGGGAAGGUUCAAUGUCGCGCGUCUCCGAGUAUACAGCGGUCGAGAUUUGUAAGUUUUUCUCAUUCGGAGAGUCGUUAAGUCGUGAGAUGAGCCAGACCAUUCGCACCCGCAUCAAGGAGGCUCCCAUGCUACUGCUCGAUCCUUAUGUGGCCGUCAGCCGCGUCCUUCUGCGCUCAACCACCAACCAGCCCGCCUGCAGUGACGGUGACUGGUCCCGCUGUGCAUCGGCUCUACAGGCAUUGCGCAAUGCCCAAAUUACCAACCCUGAGCAUGCGGGCUACGUUUUAUCCUUGGGGUUAAGUCUGGUGACAUUUCAUCGUCUCAUCUCAGGCAUUUCGGCGACCACCAUUUGCCGAUUCACCCUAUCAUUGAUCCGCCCGCUCUACUACUCAGAGCAGUUACAGGAGUCCGACAUGAGGGAAUUGCUCUGUCUGGUAUUCCUCGACAUCACCGAAUCUCUUUUCCGAGCGAGGAUUCCUGUCAUCCAGUAUCGCGUGCGUGAUCCGCACCUUGUAAACCACCAUGCAGGCCUGUGUGGAUCACUCCUACCCCUGCUCUAUCGUGUUUGUCUGCUGGGGGCAGCCAUCAGGAGAGGCUCUCAACGCCCUGCCUCUCCCGAUAACUUCGAUAAUCUUCGUGAGGAGAUUAUCGCCUGGGCCCCUAGUGUGUCAGUUGCAACUAUUGAGCGCUUCUCAGAGGAGGAGAUGCUCCUCCUUCUUACACAGGCUAAUCUCCAUCGCAAUGCAACCCUUCUCAUCUUGCACCGGCUGCGAUUCCCGUUUGGAGAGCGAGAUGCUGACGCCGAGCUUCUUUCCCGGACAAUUAUUAGGGAGAUGCAGCAUUGUCUAGCGAGGACCAAACAACAUCCCCCCAAUAUAUCAUUGGUCCUGCUUGUGGCCGGAGCUGAGGUCCAGGACGCUGUUGGCCGGGAAAAUAUCCUUUCGUUGCUGCGGAGCAUCAAUGGAUCAAGCUUCUACCCCUUCGUGGCGAAUCUCCGGCUAUUCCUCAGUCGCGUCUGGACCAGCCGAGACGAGGGAGCCACGCGAUAUCUGUUCCACCUAUUCGAUACGGAUGAUAACCUCAGUAUCCCUCUGUGA